AUGCUAAUCUACUUAACUAUAGCUCUUGUAUAUUUUUGGACCUGUAUAUCGUGGCAUCAGUAUGUAACUCCAAAAUAUCACAUUUAUGCUUAUACCAUUGGUUAUAACUAUUUGCAAGGUAAAGAUGAACAAGAUAAUUUAUUCUAUAAACCCAAUGAUAUUGAAUAUCAAAGAAGAUCAAUAUCUUUUAAUAAAUACAUGAAUAAUAAUGGAAGUAAUUUUAUAAUAUCUAAGCAGGAUAGAAUAAAAUUAAUUGAAAUGACUAAUGAAAAUGAGAAUCAUUUGCUUUUUGAAGGUAGAUUAUUACAAGGCAAAUUAUCAGAUUUUGAAAAAUAUAUUGGAUUAUAUACAAUUUGUACUUAUUUUUCAUCAUUUAUAUAUUGUGAUGUGGAUAUAAAUAAUAAUACUCUUUUAUUGGAUGAUCCAUUAAAAUUUCCUUGGAUAACUUCGGAUAAAAAAUUAUCAUGGAGUGUUUUUGGAGGAACUUAUGGAGAUGUAGUAUGUGGUUUGUUACGUGGAGGAUCUCAUUUAUUGGAAAUAAAGAAUUAUGAAUCUUUUUUAUCAAGUACUUAUAUGAUAGAUUAUAAUUCAAUUUAUAAUACAUAUAUAAAUCAUUCUUAUUACAAGAAUUCUAGAUUUUUGAGAUAUUAUGAAGAUAUGAAUAUUUGUAUUAAAUCUUUUAGAUCUACAGAUAUACCUUCUUAUAUAGAUAUUUGGAACCGUGAACAAUAUAUUUUGAAAUGGUUAAAUAAUGAUAUAUGGAGAAUUGGAAAUAUUGAUGUAUCAUUUGUACCUCUUGUAAUUACUAUAACAAUGAGAAAUAAAGAAGAUAAAUUAGAAAGAUCAGAUUCAAAUAAUAAGCAACAUAACUAUAAUAUCCUUUUUCCAAUUAGAUUAUAUGAGACUAAUUAUCCAUGGAGUAUUUAUUCUAAUAAAUAUUGGUCUUCAUUUUUAAUAAUGGAGAGAAUAUGGGGUCCUAGUAUAGCAGAUGUUGCCAGAUAUUUAAUUAGUGAUGAAGUCUUAAAUUGGAUUCAAAAAUCUAGUGAAUUUUUAUAUUAUUGGAAUAUAGCCUUAUUAAAAUUAUUAUUUAUGCAUUUUGCAUCACUAGUAUCAUUUUCAUUAACAGGGAGAUUAAUUUACCAACAUUGUGAUUUACAUGCUAAUAAUAUAUUUAUUAUUUCUAAAUUUUGGGGACCAUCUAUUCAUAACCAACUUUUUGAACCUAUAAAUAAUCCUUAUGAACUAAUUGGUGAUAUAAUAUUUAAACCUUUUAAUGAAAUGAGGAUUUUGGAUUUUACAUUUGUAAAUGUAUUAUAUUCUUAUAUUGAACGUCAAUCUAUUAAUAUAUGUAAAACACUUGGAGAAACUUCCUUAAAUGAUAUAGAGAAUUGGAUAGCUUUUAUAUUUGAUUUUAAUAUGGAUAUAAAUAUAGCUUUAGAAAAAUCCAAUAUUUUUUUGAGGUAUCAACCAUUAGAGAUAUUAAUUGAGAAUCUUAUGAAAAAUAAUAACUGGAAUUUAAUUAAACCUUAUUUUAUGGGUAAUAGUAAAUAUUGGUGGAUUAGAUGGUCAUUUAAACACAAGUAUACAUUUGAUGAGACAUUUAAUAAUUACUUAACAUUCGAUAGUUCCUUAAGAAAAACACUGGAUAUAUUAGAAAUAGAAUAUAAAAAAGACAUAAAUGUGUCUAUGCCGAAAUAUAUGGAGAGAAUUAAUAAAGAAUUUAAUAAUGCUAUUUCCUUUGAGGUUUACUUAAGAGGGUAUUUUUAUGUUCCAUUUGAUCUUAUGAUAUUUGGUCAUUGUACAUUAUAUUACUUUGGAAAUUCACAUAUAAAACAUUUGAAUUCUUCAUAUUUUAAAUAUGCUGUAAAGACUUUGAGUUUAUAUAUGACAAAAAUAACUAGCACAGAUAGACCUUUAUGGAGUUUACAAUACGUUCAUGAGUCAACACUACUUUGGGAUAGAUGUUAUAAGGUUAAUUCUCGUUUUCAAAAUAUUAGACUUAAAAGAAAAUGGUUAGAUGAAUAUUUAGAAAUAGAAGAUAGUGGACAAUUCAAUAAAAAGAAAAAAUUUCCUCGAUAUAUUAGAAAAUGGUUAGCUAAGACAGAGGAAGAAGAAGAAAAAUUUAUUUACAUAGUAAUGACACUAUUUAGAAAAUCAGAAAGUGAGAUCCACUUUGCCUUAGCAAUUAGAAUAUUUUAUAAAUAUAUACUAGGAAAAAAGAUUAACAAGGAAGAUUCUAUAGAGAUUAGUCUGGAAAUAUCUAAUAGGAUAUUAUCAUAUAUUUCAGAUGAUUCAAAGUUAUACAAUAGUACCAUGCUGUUAACUGCAUGCUAUAAUUUAACUAAUAGUGAAAUUGGAAAAUUUCCCAUACUUCAAGAUUUAGAUUCAAAUUUUUGCGACUCAGUACUUCCUUCUGAAGAAUAG